UUUCGCCACCGACAACCCUCAUUCCGACCCGAGUCGGCCCUGGAGACGGUACCACCCGCACCACCGCCCGCCACGAGAACACGCGAAAUACGUGGAAUUUUUUUCCUUUUUGCGCGUGUGACGACCUUGUGUUAUGAGAGUCCUGUGAUUUAUUUAUUCCUGCCGUUCGAAGGACGAAAAUGACUGAUUCGGUGUGCGCCUCGCCGGCGCGGAGCAUCAACCACGACUCGAUGGACUCAGGGUCCGAGUGCGAAGGAGGAAGCGUCCUUCUCACCGAGGUGCCCGGCGACCCUGAUCAGACCAUUCUCACCGGCUACCUUAAAUUCAGGGACUACAAGAGGUGGAAGCCGAGAUACGGCGUAGUCACGAAAUUAUCUCCAGCUGCAGAUUGUCUUCAUCUGCAGCUGUACAGAGACAGUAAAGACAGAUAUAAACAAGGUCAAACCAAAGCUUCUUUAUCUCUACAACAUUUCCUCGGCGUUGAAACAGGAUUUACCUUGGAUAAAGAAUCCAACACAAUAGCCAUCCUAUGCCAAGAUGUGACGGUUGUCUUGGCUUUUGAUACCAGAGAGAGACUGAUACAAUGGCAAGUCAAAAUUGCCAACAACCUAGGAGAAGAUCAACAAUUUUUAGUUCAGAUUUCUUCAGCACCUUCGAAAGCAAAGAUUGCACCUGGACCAGCAAGACUGCACGUGCAAGAACACAGGUUCUGCAUGACCUUAGGAGUACCACCAAGACUGAUCGGCAUUUGGGAAAUAUCAAAGCUAAGGAGAUAUGGUGUUGUUGAGGCAAGAUUUUGCUUUGAAGGAGGUUCCAGGUGUGGUAAAGGUGAAGGCCUUUAUGUCAUGAUCACCGACCAAGGAGAGGAAAUCACGAGAACUCUCCAAGCCGCUUCAGAAGGAAAGUUGGCUUCAAGAAGAAGGCCAGCUUCCAGAAAUAUGUCCGUAAUGGAUUCACCGAGAAAGUGUUCAACACGAAUGUCAUCAAUCGGUGGAGACACCAUGUCAUUGUGUCAAAGGAGUAUCGCCGACACAAUGGACUGUCAGUCUGUCUGUCCUUCUGUUUGUCCCGAUGGAUCUUCCAUCUGGCCUUCAUCAGAAACAAGGACUGACGUCUCCGACUUAGGAGAUACAGCUUCUGUUGGAGAUUUCCACGAUCAUAAACCCCAGGAAUGUGGAGGAUGGAAUAUCGAUAGAGGGAUUGGUAGAUGUGCGAGUUGCAUAAGCAAGCUCGGAGCUAUGUCCAGAUCAUCGACUGCUGCUAACACCCCAGGAGGCGCAGGGCUCAACCCAGCAUGGGUUAUGGACUCGGCCUCACAUGGAGGAAGGUCCAGUGUAGUCAAUUGUAGUGCCAUGUCUGUUUCAUCACAUGAUAGUGGCUCAGAUUAUUCUGUUCCCCGUGUGCCUCCAAAUGAUUGCUGGAGUUUUCGAGGAACAUCUCCAUGUGAAUGUGAAUAUCCACCGACAAGACCUCCCAAACCUGCUGAACCAUCAAAAGGGUUAAACAUUAGCAAUAACCAAAGGCAUACAAAGAAACCGCCGAUGCCACUGCCUAACCAAACUUAUGGAAAUUAUGAUGUUCCUAAAACGAUUUUUCCUCAGCCUAUUCAGGAAGAGGAGUGCACUCCGAGAAUCAACCCCUCAGAAGAGCAUUAUGAUACACCGAAAGCUAUAAAAGAGUGCCUUGCCUAUUCAAAUUACGAUACGCCUCAAAUGGUAAAUGGUUCAAGCGGAAACCGUUGUUUCAUUCAAUCUUCUGGACAUUGUAUCAUAAUGACACCAAGACACCAUCAAACAAGAGUCGUACUCGAAGAAGACACAAGUUGCCCCUGUCGUCGCCUAGUAUGCUGGCCUUCUAACUGGAUAUCCCUCCCAUACUGCAAAAGGGGGGCCGGCAUUGAAAAUACAUCAGUACACCUUCAUAAGGUCAAAUUAAAUGGCGAGGGAAAAAUGCCUGUCAUGAACAAAUGUGGAGAACUCGCCAUUUAUGCAACAAUAGAUAAAACCAAAAAGACAAAACACAAGAAAGACGAAGAUGAUAUUAGGGAAAAGGAAGACAAAGAACAAAUUGAUGGAAAGGCCGAUGAGGGCGAAAAUAACUGCAAUUACGUAAACAUUGAGCCUGAAGUAAUACAAAAAGAGAGCACUUCUACAACAAUCAAUUACGAAAAUCUAGAUUUUGCCCAAAGCCUCGAAUAUUAUGAAAACUCGAAGGACGUUUUAAUUCGAGCCGGUUUAAAUAAAGAGGUUCCAGGAUACUGCACAGACAAGAAUGGAGUCAAAUUUUGUACAAAGUGUGGGCAUGCUUGUUCUGCAGUGGACAACAAGUCGGAUGAUUAUUUAAUGAUGGAACCUCAGCUGAGAGAAAAACCCGCCCAGAGUAAAUUUCCUGGAUAUUUGCCGAUGCAGCCCACUGUAAAGUCAGAGCUUAGGAGGCUUGGUAGGGGACUUAAUGACAAAUCCGCUAGCAUACCAAGUUUGAUUGAUAAAAGGAGGAAUGAAUCAGAAACAAGGAUCCCCGGGUCGGCUUUGAUGAGGUUAAAUUACCCCCAGUCGGCCAACUCCAGCCCUUAUCUAAGGAGGCAUGCAAUGGCAUGUAGGAAACGCAGCAGCUCUGUGGAUUCAGCUCGAUAUGACAGUGAAGAAGCCGUCCCGAAGCCGGGUGAAGAGGAUGUAGAUCAAAACAGUUCAAUAUCAGUAUCACAGCAUGAAUCUGCCGUAUCCAUCCAUGUCCGUAGAUCUUCAAGUGUACCUUGCAAGCCUUCAAACAGGGAUUCCUCGAGCUCAAACGAUUCUGGAGUUUCUACGGGUUCGUUGAAACAUAGAGGGGCCGAUUUUGCAGAAUUUGAACUCCCUUUGACGACCUCUAUGUCAGGAAGAAGGCUACUACUGACCCAGGCGCUUCACGCUUCCCACGAGUCUUGCCUUCAUGCAUCUCUGCCGAGAAGAUCUAAGUCUUCUGAUCCUUUGAAAGAGCUUUCGUUCCAAUUCUCAAAAGUCAAAGUUCCUGCAAAAUCAUCUUCCGCUGAAGCAGAAAUACCAAUAUGUCAUGGGAAAAGAGAGCCUAAAGAAUACAGUCCUAAUGGAGAUGGAGCUAUCAUAGUGCCAUACAUAGAUUCAAGGAGCACAAGCAGUGGAACAUCAGACAUGUCAGAUUACAUCGAAACAUUGUCAAUGUCUUCGCACAGCUCAUCGGACACUCCAGAAAGUCUAAGACUUGGGCGGGUGGCUGUCACCACUUUGAGGCCGAGAUCAGGAAAGGAAUAUCACAAAAUUGACCGCUACAUUAUAGAAGGAGAUAUUAAGGGAAAGGUUAUGUGUACAGGGAUUACAACUGUUCCAGAAAAAUCUGAAUCCCCAUCGCCAGGCUACAUUAGCAGUUCUCCUGCCAAUUAAAUUAAAAUUAAUACAUAAUCAAAUGUAAAUAAAAUCUUUAUACUUAAAAAACAAGUGCAAUGUAAGUUAUAGUUUUAAAAAUGACACAGAUUUAAAGACAGAAAGAAUGAGGCAAAAUUUCUGGUUGAAUGACAAUCCGAUGAAAGACAAACAAUAAUUUAUUUCGUUAAUAAAAAGGGACUGAAUUUUACAUUUUUUCUAUUAUGAUUGCGAUAAAAUAUUGUUUUAUAAAUUAAAAUGUGUUGUUUUAGUUUUAUAGCAAUUUGUAAAUAUUUGUAGUAUUUUUCUUUGGUGGAAGAAUCAAAACUUUUUACCUGCCGCCAUUCGAUUGUCAAUUCUCAUUUCAACUGCAGUCAAUAAUUAACUUUUAUAACAAAAAGACUUGAAGAUUUCAUUGUAAAUCUAUAUUCUGUGGUAUUUGUAAAAAAAUACAUAAAUAAAUGAAGUGUUAAAAGAAUGCUUUGAUCAACAUCACUACAUAAGCGUUUAUUUUUAAAUGUGGAAAAUAAACUUUUUACUGAUAUAGUUCUUCCAGCUUUUGUAAAUAUUUAUUAUUUUCAACAAUGUAUAACAAAUAAAAUUUGACUUUCAUAAAAAGUACUUAUUAUAAAUUAAAGGUUGUAAGUACUCAUUUAUUAAUACGUAUAUAUAAUACAAUAUAUACAUACCGAAAGAGAAGUAUUAUAAUAUUAGUAAUUAAUGUUAGUGGUUUUUAAAAGCUAGUCAUUUGAAACACUUGUUGGUAAUGUGGCCUAAAAAUUUGUAAUAGGCAUUUUCA